GUGGGAAGCGGCGUGGUAUUGUCAUUACAUAAGAAGACAGAGUGAUGUGAGCUCCGAGGAGAGAUAAUCCAGAGACAGAUCAGACGACACUCUGUAAUCACACAGCAAUGGCCGCCCUCCUCCUUAUACCUGGCAUAGCCGUGGGGCUCUACGUCUUUAUCUACUACAACUUUAUCCGGGGGAGACAGUGCAAGAGCGAGCUCAGCCUGAUGGGGAAGACAGUCAUAGUUACAGGAGGAAAUGUAGGAAUCGGUAAAUCGUCAGCUCUAGACAUGGCCAAGCGGGGAGCUCGGGUUAUCCUGGCUUGCCGAAACCAGGAAACAGCAGAAGCUGCUGCACUGGACAUCCGCAGGUUAUCUGGGAACAAUGAGGUACUGUUCAUGAAGCUCGAUCUGGCCUCUACUGCAUCUAUCAGGUCGUUUUGUAAAACAUUCCUCAGUAGUGAGCCAAGGCUGGAUAUACUAAUCAACAAUGCAGGCAUUUCUGGUAAAGGCAAGACUCAAGAUGGCUUCAACUUGGUGUUUGGCGUCAAUCACCUAGGACAUUUUCUACUGACUCAUCUGCUUCUGGAUCGCCUUAAACAGUGCACCCCAAGCCGCAUUGUCGUUCUUGCAUCUAAUGCCCAUAGGUGGGGAAGGAUCAACUUUAAGAACCUAAACCCACCUGGUGAAACAUGGCUAGAGGUCACCCGGGCGUAUAGUGACAGCAAACUUGCAAACAUUUUGUUUGCCCGAGAGCUGGCCAACCAACUACAGGGAACUGAGGUGACUUGCUAUGCUGUCCACCCAGGGGUAGUGCUCACUAACUUAGGACGCAGCUUGCCAUAUUUGCUCAAGGUAGUGGUCUUCCCCAUUGGUUGGCUCUUCCUGCGCACACCCAUGGAUGGCGCACAGACCUCCAUUUACUGCGCCGUAGAAGAAGGAAUUGAACACUACAGCGGACGAUACUUUACCAACUGCCAGCUCCAACAGGUGAAGCCCCACGCCCGUGAUGACGCUGUGGCCAAGAAGUUGUGGGAAGUUAGUGAGGAUCUCCUGGGCCUGAAUAAAUAAUUGUCCUUCAUAUCCUUUAACUGCAGGGAUGAUCAAAAGUCUGCCGAAACCUAUGUAGUCAUUUACUUUUGCAUAUAAUGGGCAAUAACAGACAUUCUCUUAUCUAGUAACCUGUACUCAACUGCUAGACCCUGGAAAGAUACAAGUGUAAAUAAUGGAUGAUGCUCACUGAUCUGCUAUACUUUA